CCUAAUUAAAAAAACUUUGGGCUCCCAACAAGUGUGUCUUUUAUUUUGAUACAGAGGGAGUAAUAUUGCAACUGUAAUCGGGUUCAUUAAAUAGGAUUUAGUUACGGCAGAAGACUUUCAGAUUCGACCAACUCCUCAAGUAUUUCCAAUUGGUCAUACAAGCAACAGAGUAACUGCAUUAUUCAUUAUUUCGUGCCAACAUCCAGUUUUCGUGAGCUAACCUUCAUUCCUCAAUUCCCAAAUUCCAAAACCUUAGAAUUCUUAACAUCUGACUAUUUUAGCACAGAAGCCGCAGAUACUGAGGCUUCAUUUGGAAUCACAUUUUCUUUAUAGCAAAAACUCUUCAGAGCAGAAGAGCAGAGAGGCAUGAUCCAUCUCAAGGACGACGAUCCGGGUCGGGAAUUUCCUGUAGAACUCGUGUUGUAUAUCGCAAUAUGUGUAGUAUUCUUGAUGGUGAUUGUGCUGAUGAUGAAACUGUUGACGGAUUCCGGCGAUAGCGACGGCGAUGGCGGUGGAGCAAGGGCGAGUGAGACGAGUGGUUUAUUGUGUUCUAAGGUGGAAGGUUCCAAUUGGUUCAUUUCAUCAUCGUAUGGGACAAAUGAAGAGUGGAAUGGUGAUAAGAAUUGCACUUCAUCGUCAGAUGAUUUUUACGAUGGAAAGAUAUGUGUGAUAUGCUACGACGAUGAAACAAGUUGCUUGUUUAUACCAUGUGGUCAUUCUAUUACCUGCUAUACUUGCGCCAAGAGACUUAUAUCCGAAGAAAUCAAGAGCUGUCCCAUAUGCCGGACAGAAAUCGACAAAGUAAGAAAGUUGCAUAUUUUGUGAAAACGGCUUUGUUUAUUUUUCCUUCCGAACUUUGUACAUAGAAUUUAUUUGAUCAAUGGUUAUUUUGAAAGUUAUAUAUCGAAUUUUAACUUCA